AUGUCAGCCACGCCGGAGCUAGUAAAAAAUGGGGAGACGGCUUUCGUGCGUCCCACGAAGCGUGAGCAGCGAUCAGAGAAUGACGUUGAAAAUAGGUUGAAAGAUUUGAUUGAAGAGGAACCGAGUGAUAUGAGUCUUUACGUCGAACUUAUAGAUCACUACGCAAAGGCUGAGCAAGUUGACAAGGUGAGAGAGGUUUUUGAAAACUUGCACGAGAAAUUUCCGCUAUUUUCUGCCUUAUGGACAGUGGAGGUUAAUUAUGACUUGGAAAGAGACGAGUUCGGGCACGCAGAAUCGCUGCUCACGCGGUGUUUGUCGGGGAGCUGUGAGAACAACGACCUGGGCUUAUGGUUUAUGUACUUGGACUAUGUCCGUAGAAAAAACAAUUUAAUUACUGGCGGUGAAGAGGCCCGGGCGGUUGUUUUGAAAGCGUUUGACGUGGUUGCCACCAAAUGUGCUAGCUGGGAACCGCGCUCUUCUGUGUUCUGGAAUGACUACUUACUAUUUUUGGAGCACUGGAAGCCUGUGAGUAGAUGGGAAGAACAGCAAAGAACAGACUUGACCAGAGCUCUUUAUAAGCGAAUGCUGUGCAUUCCUUUCGAUGGUCUGGAAAAGAGUUGGAAUAAAUACACGCAGUGGGAGCAGGACGUCAACCCUUUGACGGCAAGAAAAUUCAUUGCCGAGCUUUCUGCUAGCUACAUGAAAGCUCGUUCGCUAUAUCAAGAAUGGUCGAACGUUACUAAGGGCCUGACAAGAGCUUUACCGACCCGAUUUUCGCAAUGCAAUAAACAGACAUUACCAAGACCUGGCGGUUACGACGUUGGCCAACUGAACACGUGGAUGCAGUGGAUCAAGUGGGAAUCUGCCAAUAAGCUUGACUUACCUGAAGACCAACACACCCAAAGACUGGAAUAUGUGUAUAAGCAGGCAAUCCAGUAUCUUAUUUUUGCUCCAGAGAUUUGGUAUGACUACUCUAUGUUUAGUGAACCAGACAAGGCGCAGGAAAUUCUGGCUCAGGGAGUUAAAGCAAAUAUGGCAUCGCUCACGCUGACCUUCAAGUUGGCAGAGCAUUACGAGAUACAGAAUGAACCAGAAAAAACGCAGCUUUGCUUCGAAGACUGUAUCAAUCGAUUAACAUUAGAGUAUCAUAUGUUAAUAGACGAAGAUCGAGAGGAAGAGGUCUUCAGUCAAAGGCAAAAGCUCACAGUUCUUUAUUGCAUAUACAUGAAUGCCAUGAAAAGGGUCUCUGGGCUGUCGGCGGCCAGAAAAGUUUUCGGGAAAUGCCGGAAACUUAAGCAAAUGUUAACUCAUGAAAUCUACAUUGAAAAUGCUCAUUUGGAGUUCCAUAACAACUCCAAUCACAAGACUGCUUGCAAAGUUUUGGAGCUAGGUCUGAAAUACUUCUCUGAUAAUGGAGAAUAUAUCAACAAAUGUUUGGAUUUCCUUAUCCUUAUUAAUCAGGAAACAUUAGUUAAAUCCCUGUUCGAAACAUCUUUGGAUAAGGUGGUCGAUUUGGAUCAAUUGCAAAUUAUCUACAAGAAAGUCAUCAAUUAUGAAUCGAAGUUUGGGAGUUUGAGUAGUGCGUAUUCCAUCGAGAAAAGAUUGUUCGAAAGGUUUCCUCACUUGGAGAAGAUUGAAGUAUUUUCCGAUAGGUAUCAGAUCCAAGACAAAAACUUCAUUAAAUCACUCGAACUGACCUAUCUAAGCUCACAGGAUGAGAACAUGAGUUUAGAAUCAACCGAUACGGAGGGACGUCGCAAGCGUACCCGGAAGUCCUCCAAAACUAAUGACGAUGGCAACAAAAGACAAAAAACGCAAGAGUUCUUGUCUGAAAAUCUCGUUAAUUUGUUGAAAAAUCUUCCAAAGCGACAGUACUUUAAGACUGCUGUCCUUGAUGCCGAAAAACUGGCCAAAUAUUUGAGUGAAAAUGUCAGUAUUCCAGCAAAUGUCAAUUAA